AUGGCGAGCCGCAAUGGCCUAUUCCGGCAGCUGACACGGGUGCGAUCGAAAUUUGUAGAAGAACUGGAUAUCAACACGCUGCUACCUCGGCUGUUGGUCAAACGAUUGUUCACUUUGGCAGAGAUACUGUUGGAUAUUUUAUCGACCAAGGACCGUCCGGUUUUCAUCGAAUUCUGCAGAAGUUUAGAGGAACUGGCCCCGCAUCUCCUGACGACGCUAGUGCUGGAAUCGCUAGAGCAAGGGGACAAUGAAGAGAAGUCUACUGCAGCGGUCUCUGAACUCUCCAAGAAAGACAAAGCUUCUCCUAGUCUUGAGAAUGUCAACACACACAGAAACGUUUUAACCAUAAAGAAUUUAGAAGAAAGCCAAACAAACAAUAAUAAGACAUUUAACAGCAUAGAAAGCCUGCCAGGAAAAGA